AUGCAAGGCGAGGAAGUCUGUCUCAGCCGCCGUGCUGCGUAUGAGGCGGGCUUCGGCGAAACACGGUUGCAAGCCGAGAGCCACUCACAAUCAUCGGACAUUUCAAUAUAUCUAUCUAUCUAUCUAUCUAUCUAUCUAUCUAUUUUGUUGCUAUCUAUCAUUCUCUCUCUCUCUCUCUCUCUCUCUCUCUCUCAAAUCUAUCUAUCUAUCUAUCUAUCUAUCUAUCUAUCUAUCUAUCUAUCUAUCUAUCUAUCUAUUUCAGUUUUUCUCUCUCUCGCUCCCUCUCUAUUUAACACACUAUAUACUUAUCUACUACUCUUUCUCUAUCUCAGUCUCUUUAUAUCAAUCUAUCUCAGUUUCUACAUCUCGCUCUCACAUUCUAUUUCCAUCACUAUCUCUGUAUCUACCUGUCUGGCUCAGUGUGUUUUCUAUCUAUCUAUCUAUCUAUCUAUCUAUCUAUCUAUCUAUCUAUCUAUCUAUCUAUCUUUGACUGGUUGUAAAUACGUUAUUCCCAAGAAACCGUAUUAUUUAACCCUCUGUCAGGCUAAUUUUAACGAAUGCCAUACGAAUACAAAAGAGAAGUACUCAACGAGGAACGAACUUACGACACAAUCAAUUGCUCCACGAUACUGGCCUCGCCUAUUCGUGUUACUAGUUUUUCCAAUCUAUCAACGUGCAGAAUUUUGA